GUCAGUCGUACAUUCCACCUUUCUCAUUCUUUCUCAUCGUUCCUUCAUCUCUAGCGUACGAAAGCACGACUUCGAAAACAAUCGACCACGAGUACAUCAAGCCCGCACAUCUCACUUCCACCUACCAUAUCCAGUAUUCAAGCUCACCAUGGCUUUGCCAGACAUUCUUGAAAAUCUUACUGAGCGUGAUCGCGAGAUCCUCUUCGCCGCCUUUCUCUCACGCAAAGAUCAGAAUGUUUUCGAAGGCAUCGAUUACAACCUCCUUGCCACCAAUGCGGGCUUCAAAAACGCCAACACAGCACGUAGCAAGCUCCAUCCAAUCAAGAAGAAAGUCCUCGCACAGCUUGAGCAAGACACCACCAAGGGUACGGUCGAGCUCACCACGUCCAAACCAAAGGCUUCACCCAAGACCAAAGCUGCCAAAAACAAGAGACGCAAGAUCGAGGAUGUGGCAAGCGAGGACGAACCUGAGCUGGAGGACUCCAAAGUGAAGCGCGAGGAGGGCGAAGCUGAGCAGGGGGCGGAGGACGACGAACUUGCCUGAUUCUAAUUUGCUAACUUGAGAAGAGCGAGGCGCAGCAGGAGAUGGGAGAGGGGGACGUGGAGCACUUUGCGGCGUGUUCAAUGCAGUAGGCAGAUCAUUCGGCUUAUCAGGGAGGAGGACUCACAU